ACUUUUGAAAAUCCAAACGUGCUGACUUACUUGCUCAUUUAAAAAGUUAUCAAUAAGUAACGUUUCUACAUGUAGGAAAGUAUUAAAAAAAUAUAAUGAUAAAAAAUGGUAGCUGAAUUUUUUCAUGAAUUUUCAGUUGUAAGUUUUUAUUAAUUAUAAUUAAACCAAAAAGAUUUGGGUGGUAAUUUUCAAAAGGGUUCUAUUUAAGGAUUCAAAUGUAAUAAAAAAUAAAAAAGAUCAAUCGAUUGUGUUUUUAACUUUCCGUUAUGAAAAUUUGAAAUUUUCAAAAAAAAGGAAGUUAUUGGUUUCGGGCGAUAAUCAAAAAUCGAGUUUUCAUCAGAUCUCGAUGUUUUGAGGUCCUAGGAAGUGAUUCUGACUAUUUCCGAAUGGACAUCCGGCCGUGCGUGUAUGUUAACUAAUUUUUUUCAUACAAUAUCUUUGAAACGAAUCAACUGAUUUAGACGUACUUGGCGGCAAUCGAAUGGGCUCAUCAAUACUUAGAUCUGGAUAGACUCUGAAGUUGGUCGGUCGAGUAGCUCACGAGUUAUACGGAAAAUAAAAAUUAAAAAAUCCUUUUUCUUUUGAGGUUUUUUUUCUUAGAACUCAUAGACUACUUGCCAGAUUUGCUCCAAAAUGUAUUGAGUUCUAAGUCUUGAUGAUUUCUUUCGAUUGCUGCCAAGAAUCUUCAAAUCGGUUGAUUCAUUCCAAAGAUAUCGUAUGACAAAAAUUGAUUUUUUUCCGCUAAUUGUAUUUUUUUUGGUUUAACUUCGAAGAGCUCAAAAAUUUCUCAGCUCAAAAACAGCAGGAAAUUUUAGGGUUGGCCCACCGGGUCAACCAUUUUUUUUUUACAAUUAUUAUUUUUAAAAAAAGUGACUUAAAAUCGAGUUGGUUUUAUUAAUUAAUAAGUUAUCUUUUAAAUUCAAUACGAAUUUUGUUUUCUAGUUGAGCAGAUUUGAAAGUGUAAAAAUGAUUUUUAUGUAAGUGAAUCAGCUGGAAUCGAGUAAGCUAACAGAAUACGUCUCAUUGCUUGGCAAUUGAGCUGUGUAAAAAUAAUUUAUCAACUUAAGAUUGCAAUGUUUAGCUUUGUGUGCUGAAAAGAUAAAUAAUUUCGAAGGUUAAUAAGAGUCAGGCGAAAAUGUUUAGGUAGACGAACACAGUGGUGUCGUGAUUGGUCGUACCCAACUAGCAAUUGGUUGUAUAUAAUUAUCCAAUUGAGAUUGAUAACACUCUGACACUGUGGCUUAGCGGUUUCAUCGGGUUGCGUCCAUUCAUGUUUUGGGCUCGACGACAUUAACUCUUUUGUCGGAUAAUAUCAGUAUUUUCACGUAAAUUUACGUGUAUUACUUACUACAUAGCUGUUAAAUAUAAUAGACAAGUGUAAUUUUACAAAUACAUAUAUAUAACAAUUUAAUUUUAAGUUUGUGAAGAUAUUAAUUAUAGAGCUAAUAAAUAAUCUGCCGCGGGAAAAAUAAUUUUACUGGUAACAGGACAAAUGAAGUACCGGUUGGUUUUAUCUAUUUUUCUGCUUGUGAUGAUGCUUAAAUCAACGGCAGACGGUGCUAAGGGUGGGAUCGGCAGAGCAGGAGUACGCGGAAGAGGCAGAGGACGCAUCUACAGUUCAAGAAUGCCGAUAAUUAUUCCCGGUCGUAAUACCAAUAGCGGUUACUAUGAAAAUAAAGAUGGCGCGAAAAUAGUAAAGUCUUCGCACUUUGAACUGGAUUACAUGCUGGGCAGAAAAAUAACAUUUUUCUGCAUGGCACGUGGGUUCCCGAGACCGGAAAUAACCUGGUACAAGGAUGACAUCGAACUCUAUCACCAUAAAUUUUUCCAAGUCCAUGAAUGGGCAGUUGGUAAUGAUACAAUAAAAUCUAAAAUGGAAAUAGAUCCUGCGACACAAAAAGAUGCUGGUUAUUAUUCAUGUCAAGCUGAUAAUCAGUACGCCGUUGAUCGUCGGGGAUUCCGGACCGAUUACGUUAUGAUCUCUUAUUAAUAUAUUAUAUUAAAUAUAAAUAUAUAUAUAUAUACAUACAUGUUUACACGAAUUACUACGGUAAUAAAUAAAGUAGACGUUUAUAUUAAAACGUUACUGCGUUUAAAAUAAUUUAAAUAAAGCCAUUGUAUUUAAUGUAAUAAAUAAUAACAACAAUAAUAAUAAUAAAUUUAUAAAUAAACUUUGUGCCACUAAUUUCAAAAUGACAUACUUUAAUACACCCUUUUUAAUUUAGUCACGAAGUUUAAAACCAAGAGGGUUUUUUUUAAUUGCUUCAUAUUGUAGACUUGCUCUAAAGAUAAAAUUUUUUUUUAAUUUUCAGCUAUAAAAGAAAAAAAUUAUACGCCCUUUUAGCUUUAGAGUUUCUUGAAGCCAAAAGGACGUAUAAAAAUAUGUCCUGGAAUUAGUAACGCGAUAUGUAUCAGUUUAUUUUAUGAUCCUGAAAU